AUGUUUUCAGUGCUUUCCAACAACAAAUCACUGCAAUUCGACCCGAGCACAGAUAUACCCUCCCUGCAAGGGAAAACUCUCCUUAUCACAGGGGGUACAGCUGGUCUUGGGAAGCAGUCCGUACUCGAAUUUGCGCGCCAUCAACCACAGCAAAUAUGGUUGACAGCUCGGAAUACCAGAAAGGCUGAAGCCACAGUAGCCGAGAUUAAGAAGGAAGUGCCCAAUGCACCUAUUAAGAUUUUAGAGAUGGAUCUCUCCUCCUUCGCAUCUAUUAAAAAGGCGGCAGCAACAGUUCUUGCCAUGUCCAAUCGAUUGGAUAUUCUCAUGCUCAAUGCAGGCACUAUGUUUAUCCCAAGUGGAGUCACUGCUGAUGGCUUUGAGAUUCAAUUCGGUACAAAUCACAUGGGCCACGCACUUCUCACAAGGCUCUUGCUUCCGUUACUGGAAACAACAGCUCAGAACCCAAAGUCAGAUGUACGCAUCGUUUGCCUCGCCUCACAUGGAUAUGUCUACUUAAAGAACAAUGGUUUUGAGUUCGAGACUUUAAAGACUCGAGGAGAACAGAAAGGUUCGCUGCAGUGCUACUAUCAGAGCAAACUCGCCAACAUCCUCUGGACGAGAGAAUUCGCAAAAAGGUACCCUGAGUUUACUGUAUGUUCUAUCCAUCCAGGUCUUGUCCAAACAGACUUAGUGGAGAAGACGACUGGUAUCUCGUGGUUCCUACGGUGCAUCGCCAGAUGGAUGAUGGUGACAUCCAUCGAGGAAGGUGUCAAGAAUCAGCUGUGGGCUUCUGUUUCGCAUGGUAUUCAAAGCGGAGAAUACUAUGAACCGAUUGGAAAAGCAGGCGUUACAACAGGUGACGCAAAGGACGAUAUUCUAGCAGAGGAAUUAUGGGAAUGGACUGAGAAAGAGAUUGACAUAGCAACAAAGAUGUAA